GGAGGAGGAGUAAGGAAGGAGACAGCGGAGCAGGUUCAGCUUGGCUAAUCGCGAGUGUUAUGCAGCGCUAUUGAAAUCGCUCUCCUGCAUACCUGUCCCAGGCUGAGCUCCUGCAUAUUAAGCUGACGCUACGAGGGGAAGCUAUUUGAGACUAGGGUUGUACAGAAAUCAUCUCAUGCUAUUCCCGAUCGACGCCGUGUAUUAGUUCCAGUGGCCUCUACAGUAACAUGGAUAUGCAACUCUUUUCGAUCAAGAAGUACUUCAACUGCAGGACAAAAUACAAGGACAUAAGCUACUGACCUCCUCAUAGCAUAAGGACAGACAUAGUAACCUACACUUCACCAUCAAUUAAGAGCAAUUGCAAACCCCCUCUCAGAAAAGCUCAUCAACACAUGACGUCAGUGGACACGUUUUGUAAAACACAUUUUAUGUACUUCUGCUGAGAUCCUUUUUCUACCUACCGCAUGGUUCUAUAUUACUUACUAGGCACCGAUGGUAGCCUCCAGAAAGUGCAACUUCAAAUGGUCAAACUCAUCCUCUAGCAAGAAAAAAAUCUGGAUACUGGAUAGCAACAACGUCUUCAGAGAAAAUGGUAUACGAAGGAAAACGAUUAGUUUCCUGCCAUUGUUUCUUUCUGUUAACAGCCAAAUUCUACUGGAUACUUACCCUGAUGCAAAGAACUCAUGGCCAGGAAUAUGCCCAUUCUAUCCGACUGGAUGGGGACAUCAUUUUGGGAGGUCUGUUCCCUGUCCAUGCAAAAGGGGAUAGAGGGGUGCCUUGUGGGGAGCUGAAGAAGGAGAAAGGGAUCCACAGACUAGAAGCAAUGCUGUAUGCGGUUGAUCAGAUUAAUAAAGACCCCGAUCUUCUUGCCAAUAUCACCUUAGGUGUCCGGAUUCUUGACACGUGUUCCAGGGACACUUAUGCAUUGGAGCAGUCCUUAACGUUUGUGCAAGCCUUGAUAGAAAAAGAUGGUUCAGAUGUGAAGUGUGCUAAUGGUGACCCACCUAUUUUUGCUAAGCCAGACAAGAUAUCUGGUGUGAUAGGUGCUGCAGCAAGUUCUGUGUCCAUUAUGGUUGCAAAUAUUUUAAGACUUUUUAAGAUACCUCAAAUCAGCUAUGCAUCUACAGCUCCAGAACUGAGCGAUAACACCAGGUAUGACUUCUUCUCUCGAGUGGUCCCACCAGACUCCUACCAAGCACAGGCCAUGGUUGACAUCGUGACAGCCCUUGGGUGGAACUAUGUCUCAACCCUGGCUUCUGAAGGCAACUAUGGAGAAAGUGGUGUGGAGGCAUUCACCCAGAUCUCCAGAGAAAUUGGAGGUGUUUGCAUUGCUCAGUCACUCAAAAUCCCUCGGGAACCAAGACCAGGAGAAUUUGAAAAGAUCAUCAAGCGGUUGUUGGAAACUCCAAAUGCUCGUGCAGUGAUCAUGUUUGCAAAUGAAGAUGAUAUUAGGCGAAUACUGGAAGCAGCCAAAAAAGCAAAUCAAUCUGGGCAUUUCCUCUGGAUUGGCUCAGAUAGUUGGGGGUCUAAAAUUGCACCAGUUCAGCAGCAGGAGGAGAUCGCAGAAGGAGCAGUAACCAUUCUGCCCAAAAGGACGUCGAUAGAUGGAUUCGAUAGAUAUUUUCGGAGCCGAACGCUUGCUAACAAUCGAAGAAAUGUCUGGUUUGCAGAAUUUUGGGAGGAGAACUUUGGAUGCAAGUUAGGAUCACAUGGAAAAAGAAAUAGCAAUAUCAAGAAAUGCACAGGCUUAGAAAGAAUUGCAAGAGAUUCAGCCUACGAACAAGAAGGGAAAGUUCAGUUUGUAAUUGACGCAGUAUAUUCCAUGGCCUAUGCACUACACAACAUGCAUAAAGAUCUCUGUCCUGGAUAUAUUGGUCUAUGCCCAAGGAUGAACACAAUUGAUGGUAAAGAGCUACUUAGUUAUAUCCGGGCAGUGAACUUUAAUGGGAGUGCUGGAACACCUGUUAUCUUCAAUGAAAAUGGAGAUGCUCCUGGACGUUACGAUAUUUUUCAGUAUCAAAUCACCAACAAGAGUACAGAAUACAAAGUAAUUGGUCAGUGGACUAACCAACUUCAUCUAAAUGUAGAAGACAUGCAGUGGGCUAAUAGACAACAUACUCAUCCAGCAUCUGUGUGCAGCCUGCCCUGUAAAGCUGGGGAAAGAAAGAAAACCGUGAAGGGAGUGCCCUGCUGCUGGCACUGCGAGCGCUGUGAGGGAUACCAUUACCAGGUGGAUGAAUUCAACUGUGAACUGUGCCCCAUUAAUAAGAGACCAAACGCCAACCGUACAGAUUGCCAGCUUAUUCCUAUAAUCAAACUGGAGUGGCAUUCUCCUUGGGCCAUUGUGCCCGUCUUCAUAGCUAUUCUCGGUAUAAUUGCCACCACCUUUGUGAUUGUGACUUUUGUCCGGUACAACGACACACCGAUCGUCAGGGCCUCUGGACGGGAACUCAGUUAUGUGCUCUUGACUGGGAUUUUUCUCUGUUACUCCAUUACUUUUUUAAUGAUUGCAACUCCUGAUACGGUGGUCUGCUCAUUUCGAAGGAUCUUUCUAGGGCUUGGCAUGUGUUUCAGCUAUGCUGCCUUGCUCACCAAAACAAACAGAAUCCACAGAAUAUUUGAACAAGGCAAAAAAUCUGUCACAGCUCCCAAAUUUAUUAGUCCAGCUUCCCAACUGGUGAUCACUUUCAGCCUCAUAUCCAUGCAGCUUAUUGGAGUCUUCAUCUGGUUUGCUAUUGACCCACCACAUACCAUCGUAGACUAUGGAGAGCAGAGGACACUUGAACCAGAAAAUGCCAGGGGAGUUCUCAAAUGUGACAUUUCAGAUCUUUCUCUCAUUUGUUCCCUUGGAUACAGUAUUCUCUUGAUGGUCACAUGCACUGUUUAUGCUAUUAAAACAAGAGGGGUGCCAGAGACCUUCAAUGAAGCGAAACCUAUUGGAUUUACUAUGUACACAACCUGCAUAAUUUGGUUAGCUUUUAUUCCAAUCUUUUUUGGUACAGCCCAAUCAGCAGAGAAGAUGUACAUCCAGACCACAACGCUUACUAUCUCCAUGAGUUUAAGUGCUUCUGUGUCUCUGGGCAUGCUCUACAUGCCCAAGGUUUAUAUUAUCAUUUUUCAUCCAGAGCAGAAUGUUCAAAAACGGAAACGGAGCUUCAAGGCUGUAGUGACAGCUGCCACAAUGCAAAGCAAACUGAGCCAAAAAGGAAACGACAGACCAAAUGGCGAGGUCAAAACCGAACUGUGCGAAAGUCUUGAAACCAACACCUCCUCUACCAAGACAACUUAUGUCAGUUACACCAAUCAGGCAAACUGAGCAGGGAUGAAAUUCACAGGAAGACCUGCAGGAUGGGAUCUUGCAAAGAUAGACUUUACCACCACCAGAAUUCAGUCUUGGAAAUAUCAGUAGACUACAUUCAAAUCAAUAGUCAGUUUUGUAAAGGACAAGCAUUAAACAAGAGGCAAAAAGAGACAGGGGAAGGAAAAGUCCAGUUUUAUGACAUAGAGACAGUGUCAAGCUUCUGAACUGUUCACUCGCAAAAGGAAGCAAAUCACAAAAGGAAAACAAAUGUUAGCUUGUGGAAAAAAAAAAAAGUGCUGUUGAAAUAAAUCAUGUCUGAUGUUAUAUUUGUAAGUACUUUUUUGUGAUUGUGACAAUUUCCUUUCCUGUCCUACAUUGUUCAACUUGUAAAAGAAGUUGCGUUUGUUUCUUGUGGCGACUGACUGAAUUAAGUCCAGGGUUAUGCUAAAAUAAAUGCAAUGGCCAACGCAUGCUAAUUUUUAUAAAAGAAUAAUUUAUUUCUAAUAAUAAAGGAAUGUUUUGCAAAUGUUGAGACUUGUUUUGUUGCAGUUUUAAGAAAAAGGAAAAAA